AUGGGCAAAGCUGCUGCCAAGCCUAAGACUGCUCCUGGCAAGGAUGUGGUGAAAAAAUCUGCCAAGAGAGUUAACAAGGCAGCAGCUGCUAAGUCAUCUGCGAAGGCAACAGCCAAGGCAGCUGCCAAGGUGAAAGUUGAACCACCUUCUCCCCAGAGGUCUCCUCGCGUUGAGGAGAUUGUUCCUGUGUCCCAAGCUGCUACUGUCGACAAGAAGGACAUCAGCAACUUCUUGGGCCAAAUGAAGAGGGCAAAUUCAGACGAUGCUGUGGCCUUGUACAACCACUACAAGACCCUGGGAAAGUUCGAUGCACAAAAGCAGGCUUUGGUUGCCAAGUGGAAGGCUGACAAGAGUUGCAAGUGGUACAGCAGCUACUCUGAGUCCUUUGAGAAGACCAGUGCCUCCAAGAAGCAGGGUGCUGUUGGCUGGUCGACAAGGUGGGAAAUUGCCAAUGAGAUGCAUCGAAAUCCAGGCUCACCAUCUUUCAAGGAACUUUUGGACACUUUGGAAAGCAGCUCUGAGAAGUGGGAUGAGUCUUUGCCGCAAGAAAAGUUCCUCAAGGACAAAGGUGAGAAGAAGUACUUCUGGUCUAGUGCCAGUGGUUUGGCCAAGUUUGAAGAAGUUGAGAAGCACAGCGAAGA